UGACAUCAAACGGCUCAGUAACCGGCAGCGCAGCCUUCAGUGUCUUAAACACAACCUGGAACCCUUCAAAGUGGCCAUGUCGCCCCGUCUGAGGCCUUUCACUUUAAAAUAAGUGAGCUGGAAAGCUAAUAUUAGCUGGCUACUGUCAAAUGGCUCCCACUCCGUUAAUACGGUUAAUUAAGCCUUUCAGAGCUCAACGAGCAUAUGAAAACAUAGCCCGGAUCCCGGUUUCAAUAUUGCUGGUGACAGACUUUAAAUAAAAAGUGGGUUAGUGAAAACGAAAGUGCCGUAUUUCCACCACCCACAAUAACUAACCUUCUCUCUGGUCCACCGUCGCCAUUUUGGGGUACGAGUUAUGUCAUCAGGAUGUUGACAAUGCUAAGCCACGCCCACACGAUGAUGCUCUGCCACGUCAAUUUAAUAUUUCUCUGAUCUUUCUUGAUAAGGUUUAACAAUUUGUCAUGUUAUGGGCAGAAAACUUUUUUUUUCAUGCUUUGAGAAAGAGAUAUUACAAUUAGCUUAAGAAAGUUUCAAAUUUGAGUGAAAGGCUCGGGCAGGUCUACUGCAGGCAUUUACAUUAUUCACUUUCGUUGCAACAAGAAAAAACAGAAGUGAUCAUAUUAAAAUGUAUGAGAUUGAAUGCAUGUUGAUAUUUGAUAUGUGGACACUGUGACAUUUAUCAGGCAAACAAGGGUCUUGAGAGAGUACUCGAGACAAGUUUGGAUAAUCAAUAAUUGAAGUACUUUAGUAAUAAUUGUUGGAUAUGUGUUGAGUGAUUUGCAGGAAUAAAAUCAAUAUAUUUAAGAUAAAAAAGAAAGAACUAGCAGGGAAGUCAUAUGGUGGGAGAUGGGCGCUCCAAUUGGUCCAAGAGGGGGGGAGAGGGCGUGGCCAAAGCGGCGCGUGGGUUCGCUUGGGUUUCACAAUUAUAACAACUUUAUCUUCGCGGACGAAACGCAUUUUAUUGUCAAUUUCCCAGAUCUUGGAUUUUUUAUUCAGUUAUCUGCAUUCAAAUAGCAGCAUAGUAUUACUUUGGAAUGAAAAAUGUGACGUUUGAGGAGGUACCCGGAGAGCGCUUCUGUCCCCCCCGAAAGGAUUUACUAUAUCGAAUCGCAUCUUAUCAUCCUGGGAAAAAGUUUUUGAUCAUUUUGAUUUCUUCAUUUUCCUUUCUUUGAUUCGGCGGAGCAAACCGUUCGUCCCAGCGUCUCAGUUUUCCAUGCAAUCGUGCGGUGUGUCUGUCGCCGUUGCUGCCUGCGCUGCUGCCCGGAGUCUCGGCUCGGCUUCUAGUGGUGAUGAGGGAAAGAAAAUGGCGGCGGGAAAAGCGAGUGAAACAGAGGAGGACUUUCCGACACUGACAGCCCAGGAGAGGGACAGUUUGGCCGAGAUCGACAGCUCACUGUUUGGAUUUCUGAAGCUUCAUGAAGAUGGCGCCAGAACGAAGGCCCUGCUGAUGAAGGCUGUUCGCUGCUAUGAUUCACUCAUCCUGAAGGCCGAGGGCAAAGUGGAGCCUGAGUUAUUCUGCCAGCUUGGCCACUUCAACCUCCUUUUGGAGGAUUAUCCGAAAGGCAAGCCUUUUAUUCUUCACACACCUGUCAGAAGAUUCUUGUUUGACCAAUUUUCAUUAUCAGCAUACCAGAGGUACUACAGUUUACAGUCGGACUACUGGAAGAAUGCUGCCUUUCUGUAUGGCCUCGGAAUGGUCUACUUCCACUAUAAUGCCUUUCAGUGGGCAAUCAAAGCAUUCCAGGAGGUGCUGUACAUCGACCCGGGCUUCUCCCGGGCCAAGGAGAUCCAUCUACGGCUGGGUCUCAUGUUCAAAGUCAACACAGACUACGAGUCAAGCCUAAAGCAUUUUCAGCUGGCUUUGAUUGACUCCAACCCCUGCACUUUGUCCAAAGCUGAAAUUCAGUUCCACAUUGCUCAUUUGUAUGAGAUUCAGAAGAGAUACCGGGCUUCCAAGGAGGCUUAUGAGAGCCUUCUGCAGACGGAAGAUCUUCCUGCACAGGUGAAGGCCACUACCCUGCAGCAGCUAGGCUGGAUGCAUCACACAGUGGAACAGCUUGGGGACAGAUCCAGCAGGGACAGCUAUGCCAUCCAGUGUCUGCAGAAGUCUUUGGAAGCUGACCCCAAUUCCGGCCAGUCCUGGUACUUCCUUGGCAGGUGCUACUCAAGUAUUGGGAAGGUCCAAGAUGCCUUCAUCUCCUACCGGCAAUCCAUAGACAAAUCAGAGGCCAGUGCAGAUACUUGGUGCUCUAUAGGCGUGUUGUACCAGCAGCAGAACCAGCCCAUGGACGCCCUGCAGGCGUACAUCUGCGCAGUGCAGCUGGACCACAGCCACGCCGCGGCCUGGAUGGAUCUAGGCACGCUGUACGAGUCCUGCAACCAGCCGCACGACGCCAUCAAGUGCUACAUCAACGCCACACGCAGCAAAGGCUGCACCAACACCGCCGCGCUAACCCAGCGGAUCAAAUGUCUCCAGGUGGGUGGAGAGAGGACUCUGAGGCAGGAGGCUCAGUUGAGUAACCCCCAGCUCAGUAGCCUACAGGGUAAAAGUAAAAUGCUCCCUCUUAUUGAGGAGGCAUGGAGUCUGCCAAUCCCAGCUGAGCUAACCUCCAGGCAGGGAGGCCUGAGCAGUGCACCACAGCAGGCCUGUAAGCCUAAUCACAGUGCAGAGAGCGGGGGCUCGGGUCAGUCUCUGCCCCCUCACGUGGCCUCGUUGGGCCAAGCUGAGGACCAGUCCUGUCCAGCCAAAAGGAGGAGAGCGUCCAGUCCUGCCAAGGGUGACUCAUGGACCGGUAAUCCAGCACAUCAGCCACCACCCAACUGGUACCUCUCCCCAAACAAGUUACAGAUGCUGGAGCAGCUGCGGAGUAACCGGGCCAACCUGAAGCCCCCCCAGCUUCAGAUGUUGGAGCUGCUGGAGGCUCAGCUCGCCAUAAUGCAGCAGACUAAACAGAAUGCCUCAGGAGGUCAGGUGCGCCCUUCUCUUCCCAACGGCCCCGCUACAAACUCCCUCCCCUCCCCGAACCCAAACCUCAACCCAACGCGGCCCUACCUGGGACCCCAUAGGCCCCUUUGCCCUCCUCAGCCGCUGGCCAAUGGGCCUGUGAGCUCUGGGACACACGGACACUCAGACUCUGUGGGUGACAACAGUAACAUUAGUAGUAACAGUGGUAAAAAUAAUCAGCCAGGGCCCCCGGCCACAGGACCCAACGGAGAUGUGCCUUACCCACAAGCUGCCGCAAGCAGCAACGCAGCACUGCUACCUCACACCUGCACAAGCACGCAAACACAGGACGCCACCCAGCGCCAGGCCCUGCACCUAAACUCCUCUCAGGGGCUGCAGAAAGGGUCUGCUCCACAUGCGACAGGCUCGAGCAGUGAGGGGACGCCCUCGCAACCCCAGACCCCUAAUUCCACCACCCCCAUACACACCAACAAUCAGGUUGGACAUUCCACUAACGCCCCAUCGCCGCGGCAGCAGCCUCACAACCACCUCCCGUCACCUCCCUCCAUCCCCCACUCCUCUACCUCAGGUGGUGCAGGACCCGCUGUGUCCACGACCAAAGAUGGCAACACCACAGCCACUCUUGCCACCGCAGCCGCGUCCCUCGGAAACGGGGGCUCAGAGGGCAAGGCGCCUUUGCCGCCGCCAUCUGCAGGUGGCACAGCGGCGCAGGCCGAAGGCCUGGCCAAUCACGUCCACUCGGGGGAAGGCGGCAUGGUGCCAGAGGGCUGUGAUAAACAGAGCCUUAGCGCAGACAAUCCCAGUCUAUCUGCCCUGCUGGCAGGGGAAAAGGGCCCCGGGGAGGGCGGGGGGCCCUCAGAAGGGACUACGUCCACAUCCGCGCUCGAAUCCCACAAGAAAAUCAACAACAUCCACCCAGCCGCCCUGCCCUCCACCCCCCACACACAGGCCAGCUCGGCUGCGUCCUCACCCAUCUCCGCCAUAUCCACCGCCACGCCCUCACCCAAAUCCUCAGAACACACCCAAACCGGUGCACCGAGUCCUGCUGCCUCCACGUCCGCGCCCUCUGCUCCCACCGUCAACGGAAACGGCAAAGGCGGGAUCUCCGAGGACUCCCAAAGCCCGCUGAAGGCCGAGCCCCCCGCCGCCGGCGCUCUGAAGGCGACGCCCCCCCACGGACACGGCUCCUCCUCGUCUUCCUCCAUAUCCAUCUACCCCAGCUCCACGGACGUGCUGAAGGCCUGCAGAAAUCUGGGGAAGAACGGGCUCUCCAACAGCAGCAUCCUCCUCGAUAAGUGCCCCCCGCCACGGCUGCCGCCCCCACCCUCACCAGCCCUGCCCAAAGACAAGCUCAACCCCCCCACGCCCAGCAUCUAUCAGCUGGAGAACAAGAGGGACGCCUUCUUCCCCCCGCUGCACCAGUUCUGCACAAACCCCUCCAACCCCGUCACCGUCAUCAGAGGCCUGGCCGGAGCGCUCAAACUGGACCUGGGACUGUUUUCCACAAAGACGUUAGUUGAGGCCAACCCGGAGCACCUGGUGGAGGUCUGGACCCAGCUCUCGCAGCCCGCGGAUGAGAACUGGGACCCAAGCGGCACAAAGAAAAUGUGGCGCUGCGAAAGCGCCCGCUCUCACACCACCAUCGCCAAAUACGCUCAGUAUCAAGCCGCCUCCUUCCAGGAGUCCCUGCGGGAAGAGAAUGAGAAGAAAGCCUUGAAGGAGCCCGCAGACACAGAGCCAGCGUCGGCUGAAAGUGCUGCACGCAAAAGGAGGGGACCCCUGAAACACAUCAAGUUCGGAACAAACAUCGACGUGUCGGACGAGCGGAAGUGGAAGCAGCAGCUGCAGGAGCUCAGCAAACUGCCGGCCUUCGCUCGGGUCGUAUCCGCCGGAAAUUUGCUCAGCCACGUGGGUCACACCAUCCUGGGCAUGAACACGGUGCAGCUCUACAUGAAGGUGCCGGGCAGCCGGAUCCCGGGCCACCAGGAGCACAACAACUUCUGCGCCGUCAACAUCAACAUCGGACCCGGAGACUGUGAAUGGUUUGCGGUGCCAGAGCCCUACUGGGGAGUGAUGAGCAACUUCUGUGAGAAGAACAACAUCAACUUCCUGAUGGGGUCAUGGUGGCCCAACCUGGAGGACCUGUACGAGGCCGACGUGCCCGUGUAUCGGUUCAUCCAGCGUCCAGGGGACCUGGUGUGGCUAAACACGGGCACCAUCCACUGGGUGCAGGCCAUUGGCUGGUGCAACAACAUAGCCUGGAAUGUCGGGCCGCUCACAGCUCACCAGUACAAGCUGGCCGUGGAGCGGUACGAGUGGAACAAGCUACAGAGCGUCAAGUCCGUGGUUCCCAUGGUGCACCUCUCCUGGAACAUGGCGCGCAACAUCAAAGUGUCCGACCACAAGCUCUUCGAAAUGAUCAAGUACUGCUUGCUGCGGACCUUGAAGCAGUGUCAGUGGGUGAAGGAGGCCUUGGUGUCAGCCGGCAAGGAAACCGUCCUGAGGCCGAGAACCAGGGACGAGCCGGCCCACUACUGCACUAUCUGCGAGGUGGAAGUGUUUAACCUGCUGUUUGUGCGCCGCGAGCUCCUGUCCAAGAAGCAGUGUGUGGUCCACUGCCAGGACUGUGCCCGGAAAGGCAGCGCCACGCUGGACGACUUCGUGGUGCUGGAGCAGUACCGGAUAGAGGACCUGAUGCAGGUCUAUGACCAGUUCACAUUAGCCCCUCCUCUUCACUCAUCUUCAUCUUGACAUUAAGCGACUCCUCUGAUGUGAUGUUCUGCUCUGGAGCCAUGAAGCCCAUCACAAGAACUUGUAUUAAGAUUUUAAAUAAACAACAACCUAACAUCACCAUAAACGGACCAUUUCUGAUAUUCAGGAAAACCAAGGCCGUCCCUCCCCCCCCUCAACACCGCCCCUCUCUUGUGGCUGGUCUCUAUAGCGACGGCCGGAGGCUGAGGCGGCCGAGUGUGUCUGUCUAUGCAACCUGUUUGAGGAGCAGAGCCUUCCGGAAGGGGGCUCCACCUGGCUCAGCAACGGGACUAGUUCUCUCUUUUUCCCUCCUCCCCCUCCCAGCCCCCUCUACAGACAAUGGUUCAGCCCUGUUUUAAUGGAGGACUUAAUCAAAUACGGUUUGGGAACCGGGGGGACGAGGGGGCAGGAGUGGGAUUCUUAAAGCGUGAUAAACAUGUUUUGUAGAUACUUGUUAGCUGUCACAACUGGCCACAACACCCGUAAAAGACUACUGACUUGACAAACCCUCUCCCUCUGACUCUCCCCUUUUUCUAUUCUGGAAACAGGAUGAAAUGUUAGUUUUGAUUUAUGGAACUCUCCCAGAUUUUCUUGUGUUUUUCCUUCUAAGGAGCACUAGCCUAACUGGUCUUUUUCUAUAGUAGAUAGUCAUUUUAAGACUCUUUGAACAGCAAAAUCUCCACAAAAAAAAUUUAAUGUGAAGAGUUUAGUUCUAUUUGUUUUUUUUUACAGUUUUUCGUUUUUUUUGUCUUGUUCUUUUCAAAACUACAAUGUUUUCAUUUUUCUUAGGUUAAAAUAAAAAGGAAAAAAAACUUACUAGCCAAGUCACAAAGAAAAUGGGUUGCACAUAGACUUAAUGGAAUUAAGUUUAAUUUGUGAUUUUGUUUUAUGUUUCUAAUCUUGAUGUAAAUUUACACUAUUUAUAAAUACAUAUUUAUUGCUUGAAAAUAUUUGUUGAUGGAAUGCUGUUAUUUUUUCCAGAGUACCUGCCAUUAAAUUUGAAGGAGUUUUGUCAUUUUAACACAACUCCUCUUACAUUUUCUAUAUAUAAAUAAAAUUGCUUAGCAAGCAAUGUACAGAAACGGACAUUUAAAACUGUUUUAUUGUUUGAAGAAUGUUUUAUGAGUCAAUAAACACAAAGUUGUCAAAUUAUCCACGCUUUUGUGCU